GCAAGAAUUUAGUGUGGCCAUAAGCUUGAGAUCCACAGAGUUAGAUAGGUUAUCACCUUCUCCCUCUUUCCUCUUCUUUCUUAUCUUGUCUUCAUUCAUGAAGGGAAAAGAGCAGCAACUCCCUAUCACGGCCGCCGCCGCCGCCGCCAUUUCGUCAACCUGCAAAGCUCCAACCGAGGUGCUCAACUUGGCAACCAUGAAAGCUCUGUCCAAGCUCACCGGCUUCCAUGCCGGUUACUUCCGCAUCAGCCUGUCUCUCUGCUGCCAGGCCCUCCUCUGGAAGACCCUCAGCGAGCCGAGCACCGACUCCCACGCUCUCCGCACGGUGAUCCACAUGCUCCCCUCCGCCACGUACGUCCUCCUUUGGUCCGUCGCGCUCCUCAUCCUCGCCACGCUUUCCGUGCUCUAUGGCCUCCGCUGCCUCUUCAGGUUCCGCUGCGUGCAGGCGGAGUUCUCUCACCACGUCGGCGUGAACUACCUCUUCACGCCAUGGAUCUCGUGGCUCCUCCUGCUCCAGUCCGUCCCCUUCCUCCACCCGGGCGCAGCCUUGUACCGUGUGCUUUGGUGGGUGUUCGCCGUCCCCAUCCUCAUGCUCGACGUGAAGAUCUACGGCCAAUGUUUCACCAAGGGGAGGAGGUUCCUGUCGAUGGUGGCAAACCCGACGAGCCAGAUCACGGUGAUCGGGAACCUGGUCGGGUCGCGAGCGGCGGCGAGGAUGGGGUGUGAGGAGAUCGCGACGUUCAUGUUCUCCCUCGGCAUGGCGCACUACCUCGUGCUGUUCGUGACUCUGUACCAGCGCUUCGUCGGGAGCAGCAGCCUCCCAUCGAUUCUUCGCCCCGUCUUCUUCCUGUUCAUCGCCGCCCCCAGCAUGGCCAGCUUGGCCUGGGAUUCCAUCUCCGGAUCGUUCGACACGGGCUCGAAGAUGCUCUUCUUCCUCUCCCUCUUCCUCUUUGCCUCCCUGGUUUCAAGGCCGGCGCUGUUCAAGCGGUCGAUGAGGCGGUUCAACGUGGCAUGGUGGGCGUACUCGUUCCCUCUGACCGUGCUGGCGCUGGCGGCGACGGAGUACGCGCAGGAGGUGAAGGGAGGAGCAUCCAACGCCCUAAUGCUCAUCCUCGCAGUCCUCUCCGUUACGGUGACCGUCGCCCUCGUCGUCUUCACCGCGGUCAAGGCCGGCGACCUCUUUCCCGGCGGCGACGACCCGUUUGCACCGCAGCGUGAUGCACAGGAGUCUCGGCAAUAUAUAUAUACAUGAGAGAAGUGGAGAUCGGUGUAGAUGAGACUGUUCGAUGGAUACGGUGGAUCUUGUAACCAUUUUGAUGACGAACGAGUUCUAUGUAAAUUAAUUAACAUUUUAUUUGUUAA